UUUUCUAAAAUUUCAAUGAAAAUUUUAUGUUUGUUAAUUGUUUUAAUUUGCUUUUUACAAUUAACUAUUGAAAGCGAUGAUAAAUUAAUUGUAAGUGACAAAAAUGUGAAUACAACGAUACAAAAUGUUAAUAAAACGACAGAAAAUAAAUCAAAUUCGACAGUCCCAAAAUUGGUUGUGGAUCCAUCAGUUACUGUUCCGACUUCAACUAAAAGUUCAUUAAAUAACUCAGUAAGCAGUAAUAAUACUUUGUUAGUAACCACCGUAUCAUAUUCAGUAUCUGUAUCGCCAACUCCCGCAUCAAAUAAAACAAAUGUAUCUUCAACUACCGCCUCUGCAGAUCCUGUUCUUCCAGGAAAAAGCUCCGCUGAAGAUGAGCACAAUAGUUCGAUGUCUAUAUUUUUUGUAUUAUGUGUUUUAGCUUUAGGCAUACUUUUAAUUCAUUUAAUGCUUCAAACUGGCUUCCGGUACUUACCUGAAAGUGUAGUUAUUGUAUUCUUAGGAGCUUUAAUUGGUUUAAUUAUUAAUUUAUUAUCAAAUCUUGGAAACUUUGGAAAUUGGAAAAAAGAAGAAGCUUUUUCUCCAACGGCCUUCUUUUUAGUAUUAUUACCGCCAAUUAUUUUUGAAUCGGGUUAUAAUUUACAUAAAGGUAACUUUUUUCAAAAUAUUGGUUCCAUAUUAGUAUUUGCCAUUAUUGGCACUGCAAUAUCUGCAUUUGUGAUUGGAUGUGGGGUGUAUUUACUUGGACUUGCUGACGUUGCAUAUAAAUUAAGUUUUGUUGAGUCGUUUGCGUUUGGUUCCUUAAUAUCUGCUGUGGAUCCCGUUGCUACUGUUGCCAUAUUUCAUGCGCUCGACGUAGAUCCAGUGCUUAACAUGUUAGUAUUUGGUGAAAGUAUUCUUAAUGAUGCAAUAUCAAUUGUAUUAACUACUACAGUAUUAGAAUCAAAUAAUCCUGAGAUGUCGACGGGUGAGGCUAUUUUAUCAGGAUUUUAUCGAUUUUGUAUGAUGUUUUUUGCAUCAGCUGGUAUUGGAGUCAUUUUUGCCUUAAUUAGUGCACUUCUAUUGAAACAUGUGGAUCUUCGUAAAAAUCCAUCACUUGAAUUUGGAAUGAUGUUGGUAUUUACAUAUGCGCCGUACGUUUUAGCAGAAGGAAUACAUUUGUCAGGAAUUAUGGCAAUUUUAUUCUGUGGUGUUGUGAUGUCUCAUUAUACUCAUUUUAAUCUAUCAACUGUGACACAAAUCACUAUGCAACAAACAAUGAGAACUUUGGCAUUUAUUGCUGAAACUUGUGUUUUUGCAUAUCUUGGUUUGGCAUUAUUCAGUUUUCGUCAUCGGGUUGAGCCUGCAUUGGUUGUAUGGAGUAUUAUAUUAUGUUUAAUUGGUAGAGCAUGUAAUAUAUUUCCAUUAGCGAUACUAGUCAACCGAUUUCGUGAACAUCAAAUCACACGAAAAAUGAUGUUUAUAAUGUGGUUUAGUGGUUUACGAGGUGCAAUUUCAUACGCUUUAUCUUUACAUUUACAAUUCAGUGACGAAACACGACAUGUAAUUAUUACAACAACAUUAAUCAUUGUACUGUUUACAACACUUUUCUUUGGUGGAUCAACAAUGCCCUUGUUAAAAUUCUUACAAGCUAGUAAUAAAACACAAAUAAAGAGGAGUAGUCGUAAGAAGCGAAAGGACAAACGUAUUACAUUGAGUAAAACUCGAGAAUGGGGACAAGCUAUCGAUUCAGAACAUUUAUCUGAAAUUACUGAGGAAGAAAUGGAAGUGAAUUUCAUACAAUCACGUAUUAAAGGAUUUGCUAAAUGGGAUCUGAAAUAUUUCAUUCCUUUUUUUACUAGACGUUUUACACAACAGGAACUUAAAGAUUGUAAGACUCAAAUGACGGAUCUUACAAAUCAAUGGUAUCAAGCAAUUAGAAUAUCACCGGAUCAAUCUGAAGAAGAUCUUGUUACAAAUAGUUCUAGACAAAGUAUAUCAAGUAUACAAAGAAAUGUAUGAGUAAAUCAAUUGUUUUAAAUAAUUUUUAAUAAAAUACUUAAUGCCAUUGUAUUAUGAGUAUUAGAAUAAUUAUAAAAGUCUGUGAAGAAAGCGGGCACUUGCAGCUUUUAGAUUAUUUAUUUAUAAACUAGUCAUAUGAAUCAAAUA